GCUUGUCUGAUCACAUGAGAGGCGGUCAUGUGACCGAGAUUCCUAGAAGCAAUCCAGAACCUCAGGGACGUGAACAAGUGCCUUUGGACAACCGGAGGAGAUGGGGACCGAGAUGGACAGCCUUGGAGGUGACUGAGUCACCCUGAGGAUCUGAAAACAGCCCAUGUCACCUCCAUUUGGAUUGGGGAAGGGGGUGGGUUAGUGGCGAACCUCUUCAGGAAGAACAGGUCGUAGCUGAGACGCCAGGCAGUGUGAGCAAAGGCCCGAGCCCUCCUCACCUCGAGGUGAUCGGAAGACGAGCCAUGGGCUCUGUGGUUAGGAAAUGCUGCACCUAUCGCACCUUGAAGAAGAGGCUCCCCAUCCUGGUUUGGCUGCCCCAGUACAGCGUUCAGUGGCUGCGGAUGGAUUUACUGGCAGGGAUGACCGUGGGGCUGACCGUGGUGCCUCAGGGCCUAGCCUAUGCUGAGAUUGCCGGCCUCCCUGUUCAGUAUGGGCUCUACUCAUCGUUUAUGGGCUGCUUCGUCUACUGCCUCCUGGGUACCUCGAAAGAUAUCACGCUGGGUCCGACAGCGAUCAUGUCCCUUCUGGUUGCUUCAUACGCCAAUCACGAUCCAGUUUAUGCCGUGUUGCUGGCUUUCCUCUGUGGCUGCUUUCAACUGGCAAUGGGAAUCCUGCAACUUGGCUUCCUGGUUGAUUUUAUUUCCUAUCCAGUUAUAAAGGGAUUCACCUCCUCUGCUGCUGUGACCAUUGGCUUUGGACAAGUGAAGAAUAUUCUUGGUCUCCGUGACAUUCCCCGUCAAUUCUUCCGGGAAGUCUACUUCACGUUCUACAACAUUGCAGAGACCAGGCUCGGAGACCUCGUUCUCGGCCUGAGCUGUCUCUUGCUGCUCGUGCUGUUGAAGAUGAUGAAGAACCACCUUCCGAAACAAUCGGAUCAUCUGCCGCUACUGGACAGGGUGUGCCACGCCAUUGUCCGCUUCACCGGAACAGCCCGCAAUGCUGUGGUGGUGGUAGCGGCCAGUCUGGUUGCUUUCUGCUUCGAAAGUCAAAAUCAACACGUGUUUACUCUAACGGGGAAAACUAGCCAGGGCCUCCCACCUUUCCGGCUCCCGGCUUUUUUCGAUACAACGUCCAACAAGACUGUCUGCUUUACUGAGAUGCUUCAGAAUUUUGGAGUAGGAUUAGCCGUGGUACCACUGGUUGGGUUUCUGGAAAGCAUUGCGAUCGCCAAAGCUUUCGCCAGUCGGAACAAUUACAGAAUUGACCCGAAUCAGGAGCUCCUUGCGAUCGGUAGCACAAACAUUCUGGGUUCUCUGGUUUCAUCUUAUCCUGUAACUGGGAGUUUCGGGAGGACCGCAGUAAAUUCCCAGACAGGUGUGUGCAGCCCUGCUGGUGGAAUAGUCACUGGAGUCAUCGUGCUGCUCUCUCUCGCCUUCCUCACCCCUCUCUUCUACUACAUCCCGAAAGGAGCGCUGGCGGCUGUUGUAAUCUGUGCCGUGUCUGGGGUGUUUGAUUUGAAGAUUACUGCCACACUGUGGAGGGUAAAAAAACUGGACCUGCUCCCUUUCCUGGCAUCAUUCCUGGGUUGUUUUUGGGAAAUCCAGUAUGGAAUUCUGGCUGGAAUUGCUUUGUCUGGGAUAAUUCUGCUUUAUAACGUCGCCAGACCAGAGAUGAAGAUUUCUGAUUACAAUACAGUUGUGGUGCAGUUACAGAGUGGUCUGAAUUUCCCUGCUGUCGAAUAUGUCUGUGACCUGCUAUACAGGCGGGUGUUAGAGGCAUCCCCUCCACAGUCUGUGAUCCUUGACUGUCUUCAUGUCAGCAGCAUUGACUACACGACAGUGAAUGGCCUACAGGAACUGAUCCAGACAUUCCAGCAGCACAACGUGUCCCUGCUCUUCUCUAAUUUCCGGCCUAUGAUUCUGUCGAUACUGACUUCAGCAGAGAUCGAAGGAUUGAGACAUUUUGAUAGCACUGAGGCAGCGCUUCGUUACUUACACGGAGAUGACCGCACCCGUGAGCUGCGUGAGAGUGAGAAACCGCUACUCGACCAGACUGAGAGAUUGUAUACCUAGCCUGAAAGCACUACCUCUCUGCCAAGAACUGGCAGCUCCACAAACCGAUCAGUCUGUUAAAAGUAAAUGUAAUACCAUCAGGCGAGAAACUUGACCACUGUGCCCACUUGGAUCAAACAAGGAGAGCUGGUCCUCGCUGACACAAUUGACGCUGAAAGGUUUGGACCUCUCCAUUAAUGGCAACUGGAUGUUUUGAACAUGUUCCGUAACACACUCUUGCUCAGUCUCUUCAGUCUAGUGAUUUUAUAUUUUCCUAUUUUAAAUGUUAACCAAAUGAUUUGUCCGAACUCUAGUUUAUUUUUGUAAUUAUCAUGGUAUUUAGCUUUUUGUUUUGUGCUUUAGUGCUGUUUGACCGGUUUGACCUUGGGAGCCUUCUGUUGCCAGCUCUGCAUCCAGACUCCGAAAUUGGAUAUUGAAGGUUUACUUUUGGGGGCGGGAGGGGUUUGGCUGACAGGCUGAAGGGAAACAUUGCAACAAGCAACUUCAGUUUGUUCAGGACAGGAAGCUGUGGGUCUGAGAUUCCACUCUUUCAGUCAGAGCUCCUAGUCACUGAGCAUAGUGUGUGGUCUUCAACCUGCUGCAAUCCUGGCCUCUUUCUGUGCUGGGUCAGAAUGUAAAUUUCCUGCAUAUGGCAAGAUUGUACAGUGCCCAAUCUUAUUGCUGUUUGACUGAGACGGCCCAUUUUGAUUGUUAAUGACAUUGGUUUGAGAAGCAGUGUGCACAUGCACUCCUAGGUUUUGUUAAUUUUUGUAUGCUGGUUAUGAUCUCCACCCCUGCCGCCGCUCCCCCGAACAAAAAAACACCAUGUUUUCUGGUUUCUGGGGAAGCUGUAUCCCACAGCAGCUGAGGAAUGAUUUCUUUGCCAGACACACCAGUGAGUAAUUGAGGAUGCAAUGAAGUUACUUCAGCAAUUGUCACUCGAAAGGGUCCCUGGCCAGACUCCAAGAGUUUGCUCCAAAAGCACUGCCUGCUUUUCAGACUGUCACACCAGCUCGAGACUUCUGCAGUCUUCUAAAUAUUUCUUUGUCCUGAGGGAAAUGUUGUGUGUAUUACAAAUUGAGAAGCUUCACCAAUUUUCGUUUUCAAAAAAAAGACCUUCCUAGUUUUUAAAUUGUUGAACAGUCAAAUUGUAGGGCUGUAGUGAAGGCCCUUUACCCAAUCUCUUUCUUAAAAGUCACAUAGUCAAAGUAGAAAGUUCAUUGCAGUACAAUGGUUAUUUGCACAGGGGCAGGUUGAGCACCAAGUGGACACUUCUGAUCAGCACUGACAGGCUUUUUUUUUUUAAACUGCUGCAUUAAAUGUUGCCCCUCCUCAGUAAAUGAUCUUCCGUUAAAGUGUGAAGCAGGUUCUCAGGCUUCAGUAACAACAGAUAUUUUAUCAUCACAGUUGACCAAACAACUUCUGACAGUAGUAGGAACUGCCGAUGCUGGAGAAUCUGAGAUAACAAGGUGUAGAGCUGGAUGAACACAGCAGGCCAAGCAGCAUCAGAGGAGCAGGAAAGCUGACAUUUCGGGUUGAGACAGAAACGUCAACUUCUGAGAGUACCCUUUUUUCUUGAUUAUAGAGGAUUAUAUGACUAGAGAGAUUAUAUUACCGAAGCGGGUUGUAGAUGGAUAGUAUGGUUUGGAUGGAGUCUAGUUACAGGGAUAAAUAUCUGCCUCUAAUGUCUAAAUUUUGUUGAGGGUAAUUAAGGAAACGCUUAUAUACAGAGUUGUGAACGCAGCUCAGUCCAUCAGGCAAACUAGCCUCCCAUCCAUUGACUACAUCUACAUUUCCCACUGUCUCAGGAAAGCAACCAGCAAACACCCUUCCCAACCCAGUUAUACUCACUUCCACCAACUUCUAUUGGUCAGAAGAUACAAAGUUGGUAUACGUGUACGAACAGAUUCAAGAACAGCUUCUUCCCUGCUGUUACUAGACUUUUGAAUGGACCCAUUUAAUGUUAUUGUUGAUUUCUCUCUCUCUCUGCACCUCCUACAGCUGUAACACUGCAUCCUGCACUUUUUUCUGUUGUCCUGAUGCACUUCUACAGUACAAUCUGCCUGUAAAGGACGUAAGACAGCACUUAUUCACUGUGCCUCCAUACGUGUGACCGUAACAAAUCCAAUCAGACUGGAGGAGGUUUUGAAGUUGCUUCUCAAUGGCUGUUGAUAUUUGGUAAAUUCAUCCUAAAUCUGAGAUUGAUUGGUGAGCAGAAAGCUAAGGUACUUGGCGGUGGAGGGGGAAGAGAAAGAGUUAGGUCACAGAUCGGCCAGAAUCUCACUGAUGGAAGAAUGGGCACGGGGCUGAAUAGGUUCUUGUUCCUGUGUUGUGAUCAGGAUGGUGGACAACUGACAAGUCCUUUUUCUUUCUCUGAGAGUUUCCCCUCACUGGACACUGCACGGCAGCAGUCGAUGGUUUCAGACACCAAAAAAAACCUUUUGGUUCUAUUUUUAAGGAGCUUUUUCUGUUUGCUGAAGGAUGUGGGCACUGCUGGCUGGAUCAACAAGUGUUUCACUUUCCCUAAUUGCCCCCGAAGGUAUCACUGAGCUGCCAUUCUGAAUCCUGCAAUCUGGGUGGUGUCGGUACACCCAGUAAUUUAAAUCAAAAGGUGCAGGAAUCUGCCUGGAAUUUCUUUCUCUGAAGUUAAAGGUACAACCCAUCCAUGAAAAUGUACUUUUCAGUUUACAAGUCCUCCUGGUGUCUGUUAAAUGCUCCUCAUCCUCCAGAAGAGCACAUUAUGUCUACCAAUUGUCUUCAUGUUGUUUUUAGAUCUAACUUUUUUUACCUUUUUCUAAUAAAUGACUGAUACCAUUAGCAAA